AUGGAGGAUAAAGACCUUCACACAGCUGAAGAUCUUAAUGACGUUGUGGAACUUUAUAAAGUGGAGCAGGAGCAAAUUCAGAAGAGAACGUUCACCAACUGGAUUAAUGCCCAGCUGUCCAAGAGGAGCACUCCAGUUACAGUGUUGGACCUUUUUAACGAUCUCAAAGAUGGUAGCAGAUUAUUGGACCUGCUGGAGGUGAUGAGUGGUCAGAGAAUUAGCCGCGAGAAAGGAAGAGGGACGUUUCAGCACAGAACGAACAUUGAGAAAGCGCUUGCAUUUCUUAAGAAGAAAUCGAUCAAACUGGUCAACAUCAAUGUCUCAGACAUCAUGGAUGGAAAGCCUUCCAUCAUUCUGGGUCUUGUCUGGACCAUCAUCAUGCACUUCCAUAUUGAAGAGUUGGCAAGCACCUUAUCCUUUAGUUCUCGUCAGUCGUCUUUGGAGUCGCUGGUGAGUUUGGACACUCGCUCAACCAGCAGUAGUGACUGCAGCAGUCCAGUGCCACCCCAAGGUUCACACUUGCAUGCACGUUUCCAUGUAUCUGCCAAGAAAGCCCUGCUGCUAUGGGUCAGGGAGCAGUGCCACAGGUCUGGUUGUACUCUUAAUGUAAAGGAUUUUAAGUUGAGCUGGAGGAGUGGGGUGGUGUUUUUGGCAAUACUUUAUGCUCUAAGGCCGAAUGUAGUGGACCUGACUAGAGCCCGAACCAGAAGCAACAAACAGAAUCUGGAGGAGGCCUUCCACAUCGCUGAAAGAGAACUUCACAUACCAAGACUACUAGACCCAGCAGAUGUUGAUGUUAGGGACCCUGACGAGAAGUCUAUAAUGACUUAUGUUGCUCAGUUCCUCCAGUACUCAAAAGACACUGCUGUUUCUGAUGAAGAAAUGCAGUAUCUUACUCCUCCUCAGCGUCUCUCUCCUGUCAAUCUGCCAUCUGACUUUGCUCCGUCAAUAGCUGCUUCACCUCUAAGACAGACCUCAGCCAAUCAGAAGGCUCAGGAGGUCACAUGCUGGUUGAUGCAGGCCUAUGAGGAGCUGAUCGAGGGAUGGGACUCUACUGAGGGAGAGAGCUAUGCUGAGAGAUACCAAGUCUUCCAUACCUUCAUUGUUUCCUUUAAUGAGCAGCGGCGGCCAAUGAUGCCGUUACUUACGGCGAUGAAGAGGAAACCUCAGCUCAGUGCAGAGCAGAAAGCUCUCAAACAAGCCUGGGACAGUCUUGCUGAGAAGCUACGUGAGUACAAAACAGAGUUGGACCUCAGUCUACCAGCUCCUAUGGACACUGUGGGAGGCUGGUUGUUACGUAUUGAAGAGGUUUUAGCUGCCGAAGAGGGCGAUACAUUGGAUCACGCUCGAGCUGCGGAAGAAGCCCGUGAGAAACUCGAACUAUUGAAGGUGUGUUUGGAGGAGAUGCCACACCAUCUCAAGAGGUUUAGCAUGUUUCAGAACACGGAGGAGUUUGGAGAGACUCUUGUCCCAACAGACAAGAUGGAAGAGAUGAAGAGAAGGUUCACCAGUGUCCGUGUAACAGCGAAAUAUCAUGGUAUUAAGCUGGAGUAUCAUGAGAGCAGACACACAGUGUUAAAUCUGCUGAAUCAACUCAACAUUAAAUUGCGUUCAUGGAAAAGAGCCUACAUUUCCCAGGAGGCCAUUCGUGUGCUGAUGCAGGACUGGAAUGAGACCGUGAACAAACAGGAACUGACGUCAUUGCUGGAUGGAGCCCUCCAUAGACUCAAACUCAUCACAAGCAAAUACACCAGCAAGGCUGCCUUGGCUGGAGACUCCAGUCAGGUCAAUCGUCAGGUGUCUGAUCUGGAAGCAGAUGUAGCAGCGACGCUGGAGGGUGUACAGAUGGUGAGGGGAACUAUGGACCGUGUGCUGGCAGCGUGGGACACUUACAGUGACCUCUACACCUCACUACAUGGAUGGCUGCAACAGGGACCACACAGCCACCGUCAUGGACAGAGAACAGAGGUGAUGUUAUCGAUGAUGUCAGAGUGGAGUUCUCGUCAGGCUCACCUGAAUGAGGUGGGGAACUACCUGAUUGAGGUGACAGACCCACAGACCUGCCGCGCCAUUUCAGAUGAACUUUGCAAGAUAAAUCUUCUGUGGGCUGACUAUGCCAAAACAACCCAGUUUGCCUUAGCCGAGGAGCCCAGCAUUGGCCCAUCCAGCCCUCAGACGGUUCAGGCCCUGAUGAGGGAGGCCACUCAGCUACUGAAGGAACCUGUGGAGGUGGUUUCUGGACCACUGCGUACCUACACAAAGCGACUGCAGCUUAUGAUGAAGAAAAUAAAGGAUGUGGAUCUAGAGGCCCUCUCCCCAUCUCAAGAUUGCUCUCCAGAAACCCUGAGCAAACUUCAGCAGGCCAUUCCUGAGGUGUUGCAGACACUCUGUGAGGCUGAACAUGUGUGCGAUGAGCUGCGUCUGAGUGUGAGUGGGUUAGAUGUGCGUCUGGCGGAACUCUUACACUGGGAGACUGAAGCCAGAGAGCUUUACCAGUUCCUUAAAGAGGAACCACACAGGCAGAAAAGAGGACAGGACCCCAGAGCCCGGCUGUUGAUUUCUAGGGGGCUACAGUUAGAGGGUCAGUUAGUUAUGGAAGAGCAGGAUCUACAAGUCAUGGUGAUGGCAGGUAGGAAGACUUCACCACUGCAGUAUCUCAUCGCAUCCACUAUGCAAGACAGGGUCCGCAUCGCUGUGGAAAAGUCACAGGAAGCAGUAGGGAUGCUCAGCUCCUUUGGGGUUUGCAGAGACAGAAGCCCUGCUAGAGACCAGCCCCCUGCCAAGAUCUCUGUCCAACAUUCGGAGACAGAGGAAGAGCCUCAAACCCAGAAGCCUAAAGCAUCCCAAGCUGCAGCCCUCAAGGCCCAGCCAUCUAAUCAGCCUGUGCCCAUGUUUAUUGUACAGGAGUGUGAAGUUAAGAAAAAGAGUCCACAACCACAAAUACACCCCUAUGAGCAAGGGGAACACUCCCACUCUCAGUCAACUAAGGUAAAGUCACCUGAAGUUUCCCAGGCUCAAGCAAGUAUGGAGAUGCAUUACAUAGAAAGCCAGCAACAAUGGUUAGAAAUGAAGAACCAGUGGCAAAUGCAAGCACCAGUUGCUAGCCAGCAACCUCCACUGAACACACAACAAGCAUCACAAGUUCAUGCUCAGCAAUUAGCAACACAGCCACUGGCACAAACACAACAAAAAGAGAAAACCCAUUUUGCAACCCCUGUAACAAAACAACAGAUGAUUCAAGCACAGACAUCAGGUCAGCCUCAGAAUCAACCAGAGACACAAUCACAGAAAGAGGGUGCAGGCCUACAUCAGGUUUUAACCCAGCAGCAGAUGAGAGAAAAGAAGUCCAAGGCACAUCUGAAGAACAGACCUUGGCUUCAACAGGGGGUGCAAUUGGAAAGUGUUACUGAAAAACCAGCUCAGAUGAUAUCACAACCUCUGCCAGAGCCAGAGGACAAUGAUCAGAAAAGUCCUCAAGCACCACUGCAGCCUAUAUGUGCUUCUAGCUCACUUGAGGCUAAGAGACCUACUCAAGACUUGACCCAGGCACAGUCGAAAAGCAUUGUUCAGAGUGCGGUGAAACGCUUGGAGCAACCACAACAACCACUUGUAGUAAGACCAAAACUACCUCAAACUGUGCCAACAACUCCAGAACUACCAAUGACACAAAAGCAACAACAACAGCAAGCAACUUUUCCCAUUAAUCAACAAGUUCUGACCCAACAACAACCUCAACUCCCUAUUUCAGCUCAAGCAACUAUUCAAAAACCACAAGUCAUUGCACUCAUUCAGCAACAGAAGCAACUCCAAACACAGACUGUGACACCACAAAAACAUCAUGUUAUGAUUCAGAAACAGACUCAACCUCAAUCCAUGAUUCCCAUGCAGCCACAGGUUAUGGCCCAAUGGCAGCCAAAACAGCCUGUAGCUCAAUCUCAUCCUUCAGUGCUCCAACACCAAAGAUUAGUACCCCAAGGCAUUUCCAUUUCCAGACCAGUCCAGCAGCACACCACAACUCCUGUUCAACCACAAGUAAUGCAGAGGCCACAGUCACCACAGGCUGUAGUUCAAUCUCAGCCACCCUCUCAGUAUGCUCAGACUGUGAUUUCCCCACAAACCAAAGGCACAUCCCCCAUUCAACCCAAAAUCAUCUCCAUGCCUCAACCCCAAAUGCCUGUCCAAUCUCAGACCCAGGUCAAAGUACAGGACAACGCACAGCAGAUGGUUCAACCACAGGAGCAACCCCAGUGGAGUCCCAUUAACCCAGGAUAUGUCACCCAACCUUUCUCCAAAGUUCAAGCACCAAUUCCUGUCACUGCUCAAAUGCAGCAUCUGGCCUAUAUCCAAACUCAUCCCCAACCUCAAAGUGUCCAUCAAGCUCAACCUCAGCAAUGGUCGCCAAUAAGACCAGGCAUAGUGACCCAGAUCUACCCCUCUGUCCAAGAUCCAGAGGUAGUCCAACCUCAACCUCAAUUUCCAGUUUAUCCUAAAACUCAGCCUCAGCAGUGGCCAUCCGCAAGACCUGAAUUAUUGCCUCAUUCUUAUGGACAGAUAAGACCUCAAGGUCCAGUUCAAGCCCUACAGAGACCACAAAGCCCUCAACGGCAAUGGGAUCCGGCCCGGCCAGAACUUCAGCCUCAGGUCUUCUCCCAGACUAUAUUUCAAGGUGUUCCCCAACCAGUAGCUCCAUGGAAUCAGCCAUAUGCUCAAACUCCAAUAAGACCUCAAAGUCCACAGGAGCUUCAGCAAAGUCAGCAACAAUGGGGUCCAUCCAGGACAGAGGUACCAUCUCAAACUUGCAUCCAAAGCCAAGCCGUCCAGGCUCUAAUUCAGUCCCAAGACCUGACAAAGCCACAGUUCCCAGCACAGGAACCGUCCCAACAGCAGUCAGCUCCUAGAGUUAAGCAGCCAGCACUUGCCCAGGCCCCUCCUCAGGCUUACACUGAGGCUUAUACAAAAGCACAGGCCCUGGUUAGGAAUAGAUUCGAGGAAGCCAAGCACUGUCUUCAAGAGCACAUUCUUGAAACUAUCAAUGUGUUCAAGGACAAGCAAAUGACGGACGAACAGGCAGCAGUUAAGGAGGAGACACUCAGAACUCUGGACACUGAGCUCCUUGAAGAGUUCUUGAGGGCCGCGGAGGGGAUGGAAGCUUUCUGCACCCCAUCUGAACUUAGAGACAUGGAGUUUUUCACCCAGUCUGUUAGAACACAGUGGGAGGCUGUACGUGUUGAAAUAUCAGCAUUUUUGAAGCAACUAAGAUUUGAGAUAACCUGCCUGCAUUUUUACCAUAUGGUUGAGACAUGUGAGAUACACUUUAAGAGAGAGAAACUCAACCAUAGACCUGAAUCAAAAUCGGAGUCAAAAUCAGAGGCCUGUUUUUCAGCAGAGGGCAGUCUGGCACAGGCAGGGCAGCAGCUGGAAGCUCUGAAGGAGUUGUGUGAUACUCUGAGCCCUGAGGAUGCACACAGGCUGGCACAAGCCCAACUCAGAGAAUGUGAGAGACGACUCGCUGCCAUCCAGCGGCAGUUUAGUGGAGACCAUGACACACCUCCUCCAGACACUGGUGCAGAAAUCGAGCAAAUGAAAGAGCCACCUGCACAGAAAGCACCAACGGCCCCACCAUCUGCUGAGAAGCCCAAAGAAGUUAUUGUUUCAGAGGCUGGUACACCAGUCAGCUCUCAGCAGCUGAGGACUGUGGAGAAGAAAGUGAUAGUGAAACAAACAAGCACAGAGGAAGACAGGUACCGCAGCUGCAGAUUUACACUACAGGCUCAGCUGAACAGGAAUGAGCAAUGCAUGCUGGAAGAUCGUCCCUCAGAAUCAGUCACUCCCACAGACCUGCAGAAACGUCUCAUGGAAUUAAAGUCUCUGUGGGAUGAGACUGAGUCACUAUGGAAGGAGUAUGAAGCGCUGUGCAUGCAGUGUGUACAGUUUAAUGAACGCAGUGUUGAGCAGGACCGAACAGAGCUCACUGUCAUGUGGAGAGAGCAGAGGUCACAGUUACAGCGCAGGGUGGAUUCACUGGGAGCAGCACUUGAGCUCAUGGAAUCUAUUGAACUGAAGAUUUCUGAGAUUUCUGAAAGACUGGAAAAGUUCAUCAAAGAGCCCAAAGACAUUAAGGGAUAUACACUAGCCAACCCAGCCAUAUUGAAAGAUGUGAAGGACUUAGAUGAAAUUAUCCAGACAGAAAUGGAUCAUCUGUCUCGGUUCGACUCUGAGCCCAGUCACCUGGACUUGCGGGACCGUUCCCCCCUCACACAGGUAGUUCUUAACCACAGAUCCAGCCUGGAUCAGUUAAGACAACAGGUACGCAAGAGCAAUGCCGCAGCCCGUGCUCUUGAUCGCUUCCUCAUGUCCCUGCGCACCGUGGUGUUGGAUGUUUCUUCCGUGCAGAGCGCCCCCAGCAGUGAUCAUGUGGUUCUGCAAGACAGCAGAUCUAAGCUGGCGCUGAUCAGGAAGGCAGUCAGCAGUCUCAAGGAUAAGGCUCCACAGUUGGACCAGCUAUUGGUUGGAGCACAGCUAGAAGUGACCCAGGAAGGCAGCCCUCUUUCCUGCCUGGAUAUGGUGGGGGUCCUGGUGCGCAGUGUGGAGGAGGCGGAUGAUCGGCUGAUGAUUCGACAUAAGGAGCUCCAGAAGGAACAGCAGAGCCAGGGAAUUGGCCUGAGGCAGAAGACGAUGCUGGCCGAGUUGAGGAAGCUUCUUGGAGCAGCAGAGAAACUGGGUCUGAAGGAUCCCACCAUGCCAGCCGUGCAGCACAGGAUACGAGCUCUGUCAGAUCUGGAAUCUCAACUUAACUUACUUCACCCGGAAUACCAAAGCGUCAAAAAGGCUCUGUCCGAACUCUCUCCUCAGAAAAAGCUGACUGAUCUAGCAGAGGAGGAGCUUGACUCCCUUUGGGAGGAGACACAGAGGGCUGUAUCUGACAGACUAGAGCAGUGCUCUGUUCUAAUGGAACUGCUGAAGAAGUUUCAGAACUGUCGCAGUUGCCUUGGCAACACUCUCCAGAGGGCAGAGCAAACUAUCAAUGAGCAGGUGUCAUACAUGGGCAAAGACAACCUGCAACGCCUCCAAGCAAAAGUCAUUAGCAUAAAGGAAGAUCUCAGUGGUCUUGGACCCAAGAUGGAGGAGUUUAGAGCUGUGUGCAGACAGUUGCGGUCUCAGCUGAAGAAAAUCCCUGAAUGCUCAGAAACUCCAUUUGAGACAGAAGCAGAUGCUUUGGUGGACUCUUGGCUGGAUGUGUCAGAGAAGACAGACAGUUACCUGGAUAACUUGCAUGUUGGUCUGGAGUUGUGGGAGAAACAGCUUGUUCUGAGUGGAGAAAUGGACUGCUGGAUUUCCAAUAAACUCAUCAUCUUUUCAGAAUCCCACCCUUUCAGCACCGAGGAGGAGGUUUUUAGCCUAAAGAAUGAGAUUAAGUGCCAAGAAGACAACCUUGAACACUUUCACAGAAAGUUACUAGAGAUCCAGGAACUUCUGCAGAGCAAAGAGUCUCCUCUUGAAUUGCAGGUAAUGGAGACAAACCUGAGAAAGAAAAUGGUGCAGGUGAAGGAACUCUUCUCUGACUGCACUGAUGUCUUCCAGGAGCUCCUCACAGUUAAAGCUCAUCUGACUCAGAGGAUUGACACCUGUCAAUCAUCUGUUGAGAACAUACGCUCCUCAGUAGACAUGCUCAGCUCAAAAGACCGCACACAGCUGGAUGCACAACUACAGGAGCUGUGUGAGCAGCUUUUGGACAACGAGGAGCAGGCUGACUCUUUGUUGAAGGAAAUCACUCUUUUGUCCAGCAUAACUGGACCACAGGCCAUGGCGGAACUGACCACUCACAGCAAACAUUUCAAAGAUAGCAUUGCAGAAACCCGGGACCUGAUUCGUCAGAAGCAAGAACAGGGGGAGAAAAGCUUACUUCAGUCUAUUAAAGAAAAGUGCCAGUCAUUUGAGGAAUGGUUGCAGGAUGAGCAGCUUUCUGUAAAUGAGUGCUUUGAGAACCCAGAGAAGAGGCAGGAUGUGGAAGCAUCCAUGCAGAGAUUGACAUGUUUCCUGGCUUCUAAAGAUGGAGAACACCGUCUGUCCCAGUUGAAGCAGAGGUUUGAGAUAGGUGGACAGGACAAGAUCCCUGCAGAGGCUCAUGCUUUGCUCUCCACAUGGCAGCAAGAACAGGAGGGAGAACUUGCCACACUCAGGGCUCACUGCCAGGGACGACAUAAACAGCUAGAUGAUAUCCUCCAUAACCUCAAAAGUUUACAAGAGGAACAUAACUAUUUGAACGAUUGGCUUCAGCACAAGAAACAAGUGCCUGAACAGAGAGAAAAACUGAGACAACUUCAAGAGGAGUUUCUUAAAGAAAGUGGUCGUGUGGAGGCCUUUCAUGACCUGUUAUCCAUGGUAAUGAUGCGUGGCCUGAGGGGUGACUCACUGCUUAGAGACAGUGAGGCCCUAAUAGAUCAAUACCACUGCAUGAGGAUUCUUCUAGAGAACCAGGCACAAGACCACAAAGCCCUCGAUGAUCAAGUUGAAACAUUCCAAACCAAUGCAGAGCACACCAGAGCCUGGAUCAGAGAUUUAAAGAAAGGACUUAAGUCCUUGGGAACGGAGUCCCCAACACAAGAAAAACGUAUUAAGGCUCAGGCUAUUCUUGAUCUAAAUCCUGAGGGUGACACUAAAUUAGUUGCACUAAAAGAAGAAGGAGAGACUUUAUGUGCUCAUGAGAUAUUGGAAGACAGCAGAAGACAGGAGCUCAGUCACACCUUGAGAAACAUUGAAGAUGAUUGGAAAAGAGUUUUGGAUAUUGCUCAACAGCUGAAAAAUCAGGCAACGCUCCAAGAUUCCCUCUCCAAGGAACUACAAGCCUUUGAGGACCAGGAAAAGAGCACCCAGUCCUGGGUGAGAGAACAACUGGAGAUGCUGCACUUUCUAGGGGAGGAACUUCAGCCUCAGAAAAAACUGAACAAUGUUGAGGCUGUCUUGGACCAUCAUCCUGAAGCCGAAUCCAGAUUGGCCAGUUUAAAGAGACAUGGCCUAAGUUUAUGUUCUUAUAAAGAACUUGGCAACGAGAGGAGAAGCCACAUUGACCAAACCCAGAAAGCAGUAGAGGAGGAGUGGAGAAAAGUGGUGCAACUAGCCCAGGAGAUCAAGAACCAGAUCAAGCAAGAGGAUUCUCUGUACAGAGAGCUACAGACCUUCCAUGAUCAAGAGGGGGACAUUCGCUCCUGGAUUAGACUGCUGAGACAGACCCUGGAUUCAUUUGAUGAAACAUCUUCUAUUCAGGACAAACUUAACAGAGUUGAGGCAGUACUAGCUCAAAGAUCUGAGGGGGAUGACAAACUCACUGACUUAAAGAGGAAAGGAGACAGUCUAUGUUCUUGUGAGGUCCUGAAGGAGGACAGAUGUCAGACAGUUCAACAGACGUUACAAGAUUUACAGAAAGAGUGGACAGCAGUUAUGAUGGAUGCUCAGAAUUUGAAAAACCAAUCAGAACUUGAGGAUUCUAUUUCUAAGGACCUUCAAGAUCUUCUAGACCAGGAGAAGAGCACUCAGUCCUGGAUUAGAGAACAGCAGCUGAAGAUCGAAAUGCUGGGUGAAGAUGCUCUGUUACAAGAGAGAAUUGAUGGUGCUCAUGCUAUCUUGAACUUGGAAUCAGAUGGAGAUUGCAAGCUUUCCACCCUGAGGAUAAGCGCUGAGGAUUUGUGCUCUUGUGAAGGGCUGCGGGAGAAUAGAAAGCAGGAAAUACAGCAGAACCUGAGAAUCAUUGAAGAAGAAUGGAAGAAGGUGCUGUUGGUUGCACAAGAACUGAAGAACCAGGCUGAUCUCCUGGAUUCUCUGUCAAGGGAGCUUCAAAAUGUCCAUACACAGGAGGAGAGCACUUGGACCUGGAUGAAGAGCCAGAAAGAUGACCUGGACUCAUUGGGGAUAAACACUUAUGGCACUCAGGAGCAGAUUGAGGAGAGACUGAAUAAAGCACAAGCAAUUUUAAAUCUUCGUUCUGAGGGCCACUCGAAGAUUGCAUCCCUGAAAAGAACAGUGGACAAUCUGUUCAUUCAUAAAGAUCUGGAUGAAGACACAAGACUAUCACUCACUGAGAAGAUGAGAAGUUUAGAGGAAGAGUGGAAAGGAACACUGCAGCAAGCACAGGAGCUGCAUAGUCUGCUGAAAUGUGUAGUGGAGCGUCUGGCAUCUUGUCAGUGUCAGAAAGAGCAGCUUCAGUCCCAGCUGGAGCAGGUCAAACAGCAGGCAGCUGCACUGCCCCGUGACUUUCCCUGGCCCGGUUUAGGGGAUCGAAGGCACACAUUGGAGCAGGCCACAAUUCUGCUGGACCACACUAGAGCCCUGACCCCAUCUCUGUCUUCUCUAAGGGAGCUCGGAAGGGAGAUGAGCCAGCUGACCCGUGAUUCCAGCUGGAUCGAUCCAUCCUGGGCCACCAUGGAGGAGUGUAUACCAGAGUUAAUCAAAGAGCUUACCGAUUUUUGUGUAAAUGUUGAAGAAGAAAUCCGGAGAGAGAGAGUUUGUGCUCAGUUAGUUGAGCAGCACACCGUAGCUCAGGACUGGCUGAGAGAGCAGGUCAAAGGUUUUGGAGCCCUACCCACUGAACGCUGUGGAUUACAGGGCACUAUUAACACUCUUAAGGCUCUUCUUCAGACCGUUGACAGAGAGAGGAGAGAGAUGAGAGAAUUGGAUGCCGUUAAAGAUUCCCUGAUGAACCGUUGCACACCUGGAGGUCGUGAUGCUCUGACCUUAGAGGUCAGCCACCUUCAUGACCUCUGUGUGUCCUCAGAAAAGGAGAUGAGGGAAUGGCUUGCUGUGUGUGAGGCCAGAUUGGGUCAUAUUGACCUCAGGGUUGCUGGCGGAGCACAGAUUCUUAGAGCUCAGGCAGAGAGCCUCCUGGAUGAGCUGCGUGCUCAGGACCUCUCUUUAGGAUUUUUAGAGAGCAGACAGAAUAUUAGUCAGCUACAAGAAAACUGGCAUAAUUUCAAGAUUUGUGAGAAAGAACUUGAGGCUUUAGAAGGCAAAGUUCGUGACCUUGGUCAGGCGCUCCUUAUGGUCCCUUCUGAUGAGGAGCCCCCUAGUGAUGUAAUUUCUGUUGUGGACUCAGUUACGCAGCAAUAUUGCAGUCUGCGGUCGAAACUGUCGGAAAGACAAAAUGACUGUGCAGACAGCACUGUGCAGUGUGUGAGACAGGCCUUACAAAGCAUACAGUCCUGGAACCAGAUGAGAAAUUCUCCUUGCAGCUCAGCUGUGUCCAUGCAGGCUGCAAUUGAGGAAGGUGCAAAACUGUGUAAAAGCCUGCAGGUUGCGCUGUCCCUUAAAGAGCUGCUGAGGGAUUGCCUGGGCCCUGACUUGGCUGGCAAGCUUGAAAGAGAUGGCGUGAAAACACUAAAUGAAGCAGACACUCACAUGAAUGACCUAAAGCAGGAACUUGAGAAUCUUGAGGAGAAGAUGAAACAGGAAGCUCAGAGUUUGUCACUGGAGGCUCAAAGCAUCCAGCUGGACUCACAGGUUUAUGCUGUGGCAAAGUCAACCAAUGAGUUUGAAAAUUCACAGUUUGUUUCUUCUGCAUCCAUCCUCACGGAGAGCCGUGUUAAGACGGACGACAUUGAACAGGCUAAAGUACAGCCAUCUGAAAACCCUGAAAGCGAGAUCCCUGUAUGUGUACUCUCAGAAAAUACAACAGAGAUAGAAACUUACACUGCAGGAAAAACACCACCAACAUCAGAGACUGACAUUGAUCAGGCUGAACGCAAAACAACUGCACCAUUAAAGAAAGAGAUGGUAACUGAGCCAGACACAUGUGUGUGUGAAUCUGCUAUUCCUAUAAGCAGCCAUGAAGCAAAUGAAGGUGAGGGUGAGUCUAAUUUAAUCUCCGUUCCUUUGAAAGCAAAGCCUGAAAAUGAUGAUUAUGCAGAUGAAAAGAUUCAAAUGAGCACGUCUGUAGCUCUCCACAGCUUGGAAGUACAAGACACAGACAUGGAAAUCUGUGGCACUGGGAGUUCAAACACAGAAAAGAAGGACAGCCAAAUGUCUAUUGAGGAUUUGAGUUCAGACUCUUUUGCUGAAAGAAUGGAUGAUGAUAAGUUUGAGGCAGCGGAAGACAAAGAGGAAGAGGACUCAUCCAUUCCACAUUCUCAAGAGCAACAUGAUAAUGAAAGUGAAUAUAAAAAAAAAAAGGUUGCUGCACUCAUUUUGGAUGUAGAUAUGGUGCACAUACAAAGUAUGGACACACCCACAGAGAGUACUACAGUGAGCAUAGUUUCAGCUAGUUCUAAUGGGAAUGAGAACACACAGUGUCAAACAAUGGGCAAGCAAGAUAAUAAAACUUUGGGCCCUCCAGAAGCUGAAGAUUCAAAGUGCAUUCAGUCUACUGGAAAUAAGCCAGGUAUAGAAAAUGAGUCAGAGAUAAGUUCUGCAAUUGAUCCAGAUCAGUCACAGCUCACUGAGAUAACUAACAGAAAAGUGCAAGCAGCUCUACCCACAGAAACACAAGGUGUUGGAGAUGCUGCUACAAGAGGUAUUGGAACAUUGACUUGGAAUAAUGGAACAAAUGGUGCACAUGCUGACAUAGAGGGCAACUGGAUGACAGAUAAUGGCCCACAUGAACUGCAGUGCAGAUAUGUUAUUCUAGACUUCCCUGAGGGAAUGGAGAUGCAGAGACGUCCUAUCCAUAAAGCCACUUCUUUCAGGGAACACACUGAGGCAGAAAUUCAGGGAUCAGAAUGUCUAACAUCAGAAAGACCAGUGAGAGAUGUUGGGGCAAUGUCUGCUGAGAAAGACAUAGAGGAUCUGGCCAGUACAAAUACACCUGAAAAAGCAUCAGAAGAGUCUGAAUUAGUUAAAUUAAACCAGUACUUUCCUACAGAAGACAAUGUUGGAGGAGAGGUCAUGCAUGUCAUUGAAGAGGAAAAGACAAAGAAGAUCUCAUCAGGUGAUACAGCAAAAUCCACUGAAGCUGAAUCUAAAUUGACACAUCCAAUCAAGCAAUGGAAUGAGGAUGAAACCGAGCUCCAGUCAGAAAGGAUGGAUUUCUCACCAACACCAGAGAACAAAGUUGAAGUUAGAGAAGCUAUGGAUGUCAUUGAGGGAGAAGAGACAAAGACCCCAUCAGACAAUAGAUCACAAUCUGUUGAAAUUGAACCUAGACCCACACCACCAGUCAGGCAUCGAAAUGAGUGCGAAAAUGAGAUCCAAUCAGACAAGAUGGAUGUCUCAUCAACACCAGAAGAGUCAAAGAAGAACCUAUCAGUUGAUAAAGCACUAUCCAUAGAAGCUCAACAUAAACUUAUGCCACCAGUCAAGUGGCCGAAUGAGAGUGAAACUAAUGUCCAAUCAGACAAGAUGGAUGUCUUAUCAACACCUAAGGAGAAACCUGAAGAUAAAGACUCUAUGCAUAUCAUUGAGCAGAAAGAGUUGAAAACGAUCCUAUCAGGUGGUAAAGCACAAUUCAUGGAACAUGAACCUAAACCAACACCAUCAGAAAGGCAACGAAAAGAGGGCGAAACUGAGGUGGAUGUGUCAUCAACACCAGUAGAAAAACAAGACUAUGGAGACACCAUGCAUAUUAUUGUGGAGAAAGAGUCUAAGAAUACCUUAUCAGUUGGUAAAGAGCUGUAUGUAGAAAUUGAACCUAGACCUACGCCACCAGUCAGAAGAUGGAAUGAUGGUGAAAGCAAGGUUCAGUUUGACAAAGUGGGUGUCACACCAACACCUCCAACCAGACAAUGUAAAGGUGACAGGUUGUCUCUAAACUUUGAAUCACAGACACGUCAAGAAGUCCUUCCCACCCCACCUAGCAGAAGUCAUAACGAGAUACUGGGAAGUGAAAGGCUUUCGCUUAAUCUGGAGACCCAACCAACACCACUAGCAAGACGACGUAAAGAGAAAGAAGACCAAAGAUCGCUUGAUCUUGAUACCCAACCAACACCACCAGCAAGACGACGUAAAGAGAAAGAAGACUUAAGAUCACUUGAUCUUGUGACCCAACCAACACCACCAGCAAGACGACGUAAAGAGAAAGAAGACCAAAGAUCGCUUGAUCUUGAGAUCCAACCAACACCACCAGCAAGACGACGUAAAGAGAAAGAAGACCAAAGAUCGCUUGAUCUUGAGACCCAACCAACACCACCAGCAAGACGACGUAAAGAGAAAGAAGACCAAAGAUCGCUUGAUCUUGAGACCCAACCAACACCACCAGCAAGACGACGUAAAGAGAAAGAAGACCUAAGAUCGCUUGAUCUUGAGACCCAACAAACACCACCAGCAAGACGACGUAAAGAGAAAGAAGACCAAAGAUCGCUUGAUCUUGAGAUCCAACCAACACCACCAGCAAGACGACGUAAAGAGAAAGAAGACCUAAGAUCGCUUGAUCUUGAGACCCUACCAACACCACCAGCAAGACGACGUAAAGAGAAAGAAGACCAAAGAUCGCUUGAUCUUGAGAUCCAACCAACACCACCAGCAAGACGACGUAAAGAGAAAGAAGACCAAAGAUCGCUUGAUAUGGAGACCCAACCAACACCACCAGCAAGACGACGUAAAGUGAAAGGAGAAGAUCAAAGAUUUUCACUCAGUCUGGAGACCCAAUCAACACCACCAGCAAGAAGACGUAAAGUGAAAGGAGAAGAUCAAGGAUUUUCACUCAGUCUGGAGACCCAACCAACACCACCAGCAAGAAGACGUAAAGAUAAUCGAGAGAGUGAUAAAGUUUUUCACACUGCUGAAUUAAGAAAAAUUGAUGAUCAGCAAACCAGUGAACAGAAAGUUGGAGAAGAGCGUAGGCCUACUGUUAAACCAACCCCACCUGUUAGACGCAAAAUUAGUCAAGCAGAAAGUGAUGUGACUUUGGCACUUUGCAAAACCCAAGAAGAAAGGGAGAACUUUGUAAAACCUACACCACCAACCAGAAGAAAAGAUAGAAAAGUUGAUAAAGAAUUAGGAGCAGAUGCUGUGAAUUUGCAAGAAGAAAAGAGCAUAGUUAAACCAACUCCGCCUCUGAGGCGAAAAGACAGUCAAGCAGAGACUGAGAUGGUUUCUGUCACUUCUAAAAAUGAAUUUAAGGAGCAUCUCUCCCAACUAACUCCACCAACUAAGCGAAAGAAAGAUAAAGUGCCACAAACCAUUGACAAAGAAAUUUCAGAGAAUAUAAAGGUUUCAUUCUGUGCAACAAUGGAGGAGGAGUCUGAUGUUAAACCAGUAACCAUACAGGAAGAUAAAGAGGAUCAUGACAGGAAGCCAUUGGUUGGUCAGGAACAACUAGAAGAGGAGCAGGACUCUGUUAUCUUGGUCCCAGAAUACACAGUUAUAUUAAGUCAAACUGGGGGCAUCAGUGGGAUGCAGGAUCAAGUUGUAAGUGUGUCCACCCAGUUUGGUCUUACCACUGAAAUUAUUGAGAGUCCAGUAGAGGAAGAGGAGGAGCCACUAGGACCUACAAUGAAGGAUAUCUUCUUGGAGAUCAAACAAAAGACUGAAAAGGGACCAAAAAGUGUGCUCAUGGAGGGUAUGCCACAUGAAAGUUUCUUGAAAAUUCUGGACACGUCCAGUGCUGUUCUCGAAACUCGAUUAAAAAGACUAGUGUUCAAUUUAUUGGACCUUCGGAAUCAUCCAGCUGCUCUGAACUCCACAGAGAUGGCCAAACAGCUAGAGAAGGCUGAGGAAUAUAGAAGGUGUGCCCAGAGACAGGUGUCAAUGAUGUCUAAGCAAGAUGAGGUUUAUGGGGACAUUUGCCCCAUCACUAAUGGCACAGUCUAUGACACUGAGGCCAUGCAACAGCUGAGUGCUCAGUGGAGUGCAGCAUUGUGGGAUUCAGAAAGUGCUGUCCAUUCCAAGGAAGCUCAACUACAGAUGGUUGCAGAUUUUGACAGACAGACACAGAACGUCAAAGCUACUCUGGUGAGACUCCAAAUCGAGCAGGAGGCAAUAAGGACAUCUCCAGCUGAGGGCAGUUGUGUUGAGGAAGAGAGGCUACGCUCUUUCUUGAGAAACAUGGAGCAGGAAAGGACAGGUCUUGGUGAGCUGAUUCAGACUCUUGCAAAACUAUCCCCCUACCUCAGUCUGCCUGAGAGACAAGUGGCAGAAAUACAGCAAAACAACUUACAGGGCCAGUGGAGGGUGCUGGAGAGGGAUGCAGAGAUGGCUAUUUACAGGGUCAAUGCUUAUGCCAAAGAAAGUGCCACCCUUUUUCAAGAGGUCAGUGCUUUAAAAGACCAUUUAGAGAACAUCAAGAAGACCUUGAAUGCAUCAAAAUCCUCAAUGGCUGUAUGGGACAGCAAGAGAGUUCAAGAAGUUAUGAAUAUAAAUGCUGAUCUCGCUUUCACCCAAAAACAACACAUUAAUCUUCAGCAGACCGCCGAGGCUCUUGCCCAAGUUUUCCAGUUUCAGGCAGCGACAUCGAGCAUUGAGCGAGACCUUCAGAACAUCAAAGAACAGAUGGAUCAAAUCGGUGAACAGUUAACCGCUGCAACCCCUACCAGCAGAAACCCAACAUUAAGUAAAAUUGUAAAGGUGAUGACAGAUGCACUGGCGUGGGCCAAGCAGACAGAAUUUGAAAUUGAAAGACAGCAGAUGAAACUGUCUUUGCUUCCAGAAGAGGUCCAUCGACAGAUUAAAGUUUUGAAGAAUUUGCAGUCAGAGAUGAGCUCCAUGCAAACCCAAUUGAAGGCUUUGGUUGAGGAAGUCACCAAGCUGAUACCUGACCUAGAAGAGUCUGAUGUUCUUAUGGUGACCUCAUCUUUGAAGACUCUUAAAGAUUUGUCUAAAUCGACAGCAGGAAAACUGGCCAAGGCGGUUCACGAGAUGGAGUCAGGGCUUCAGACUCGGGAGAAUAUGUCAGAGCAAAUAGCAUAUAUUGAUUCUUGGGUGGUUGGACAUUUCCAGAGGGAGGGUUUGAGGAGAGAGGAUUAUAAAAGUUUGUGUGGGGCAGACCUGGAUUGCAAGUUGAGGCAGAUCCAGGACUCACUUGGAGAGGCUGAAAUGCAGUCUGCUGUACUUGAAGCACUUCUAAUGAAAAGCAGAGAUAUUGCCUCCGGGCUAAGUGUCUCCGAGAAUACUCAGUUGAAUGAGAAACUCACCAAAAUACAAGAGGACAUCAAGAAUAUUGUCAACUAUGAGAAAGCUUGUUGCCAGAAAGUUAUGGAUGUCAUACAGAACCAAGAAUCCUCUCAGAGAAAAGUAUCAUCGCUUGAGGAGAGUCUGAGACAAAUGCUGGUUGAUAUAAAAAGACACAGGUUCCCUGUUACCAAGGAGACUCUGUCCACCAUCGAGCCCAUCAAACAGAUGAUUGUGGAACACAAAUCUCUGGUUGACCAAGUCAAUCCCUGUUUAGAGGACAAGAGAAGAGAGCUGUUAUGUGUCAUUACUGAACUGCAUCACAAAAUUAAUGAUUUGGAUCUCAAAGCACAAGCUCAUGAAAGGUACUUGAACCUUAGUCAGCACGUUCAAGAUCUCAAGGAAGAAGUUGAGGCUCAGAUACCAAGGACCAAAGAUGAGAGCAUCAACCAAGAGGGACGCUACAGAGCCUGUCAGGUCCUACUGACUCAAAUCCCUUUAAUAACUCUCUUGUGUUUGGAAACAGAAGAUCAGCUUCAGGAUAUCAAAGCAGAUCUUUAUCCAUCUCAGCUCUCUGCAGAGCAGGAAAGACUUAAACAAAUUCUGGAAAAUCUCAAUACUCAGGAAUUGGCAGUGCACAAAAAUCUUCAGAUAGUGGAAUGGGAUCUACUGAAACACGUUCAUUACCCAUCAGAACAGAGAGGUCUCCAGAUGUUCCUCAAAGAGACCAAUGAGGAAUUGGAAAAGCCUUGUGAUAUUGAACCAAAAGAGGAAGUACUAGAAAAAGAACUGAGAAGGUUUCUUCUGCUUAGAAAGCACAUAGAAUCCAGAACUCGAGUGCUUGAGAUUCUUGACAAAAGGGUCGGAGGUCAGUGUGAACAGAGGCCAGAAGACUCCAAACAGCUUACUUGCUUGAAGGAUAUGGUUUUGGAAAAGUGUGAUCAAAGAAUGGUGAGCCUAACUGAAGCCAAGGGACUGUUAAGAAACUACACCAAGGCAGUGAUUAACACCAUUAGGUUCCUCCAAAGAGCUGCGUUGGUCCUCCUUCCCUCAAUCUGCUCUGCUAGAAGCUGUUUAGAAAGACUCAAAGACACUCAACAAGCUUUAUCAACCCUAGACACUGAGUUCCAGUCCCAUGUUUCACAGCUCCAAACUCAGGCCCCACAGCAUCCCUGUUUCAAGCCACAGAAAAUUGAGUUUCUCCAGACAGAGGUUCUAGCCCAGCUCUUGGUCAGACUGUCGACCCUCAAGGCCCAGGGCCAAAUACAACUGGAAACUCUGGGGAGGUGUGUUGAGUGCCAGAAAUCUUCUCGUAAAUGUUAUGAAGAGCUGUGUCAGCAAGUGAGGGACUCAGAAACAUUGCUAUCACAAUGUGCGUUCAAUAAAAUUACUUCACACAAAGACUGCAAAGACCUGCAACAGAAACUCAAGGCUCUAGUGGAAGAGGUUGAGAUGCUUCCUGGGAGACUGGAGGAUCUGAGAGAGUGGUGCCUCUUACAUGGCUGCAGAGCCAACAGGGAGGAUGCAGUGAGCGCCCUCUGGGAGCAGGUGGCAAGAUUGCAGCGUUGUGCCAAUUAUCUGCAGACACGCUCAGAGCAAAUGGAAGAAGAAUGGAGUGAUGUCACAAAGAGUGUGGAGCAGGCAAUCACUGUGUUGGAGCAGGUAGAGGCAGAACUUCCUGACAGCAGCAGAGAGAAUAUGACUGGUGACAAGCUGCAGGAACUACUGCUGUUCUGGUCCAAGUACCAGGACAGCCUGGACUGUGAACAAAGAGCUCUCUCCACAUUGGAAUUAAGAGCUGCUAGGUUGCUGGGUGUACCCUCCCAUCUGGAACAAGCCCCUCCCAUUGCACUGUGCCAAGAGCUUCGAGCCCUGCAGGAGCGUUACCACAGUCUGAAGGAGCGGAGCACUCAGGGUCAGAGCUCAGUGAGAGCAGAGGUGGAGGAGAGGGAGCAGGUACAGGAGCAGCUACAGGGGGUCAGAGAAUGGUUGGAUGCUGCCGUUUCUCUACUCUCUGUACUGGAGCAUGAGCCUAGCAAGAAACAGCUGCAGGAGGUUCACUCACAGCUAUUUACCAAGAAUGCCAUUCUGCAGCGGAUCUCAGAAGGCUUGAAGAUGAUGUACUCUGACAGAAACAAGCUGGUUCCCCAGGAGAUCGAAGGAGUAUUACAGGAGGUCUCUCACUCAUUACAGGAAGUGGAGGAACAGGUAGUGACAGCUGUGGAGAAGAGCGGUCCACUUCACAGGCUCACUGCAAAGAUCUCAGAGAUUAAAGCAGGUCUAGGUUCAGUUCAGAGCUGGUUAGAGCAGAAGAGCCUGAACUUCACUGAAGCAGAGAGCACACAGAAGCGUGUGUGGGACGAGCUGGACAGUUUACACACUCAUCUGACUGCCGUGGAGGUGGAGCUACAGGAUGUGAGUGAGGUGCAUCCGGAUGAGACCCGUCUGAUCUCUGAAAACCUGACAAAUGCUCAGCAGACACACACACGCCUCAACAAACAGGCUGAACAGAGGACCGCCUUUUUCAGCAAGAUCCGUGACUGGCUGGAAGAGCAUCAAGAGAUGGUGAAGGGCUCACAGAGCUGGAUCUCAGAGGCUCGGUCUUGGCUUACCACACCCUAUACAUACACCACUGCCAGAUGCCUGGACAGCCAUGUGAACACACUGCAGAUGGUGCUGAAUGAUUCUGCUCAGAUGAGACGGACUCUUAAGGGUUUUGGCAAUGUGCUAACAGAGAUGGGAAAUGUGUUUGAUGUCAGUCCAUUGGAGGAGCAGCUGUCAAAUGCUGAUCGACAUGUGGCAGACAUGCAACACAGCUUAAUGCGACCCAUUUCUCAGCUUGAGCAUGCAGCUGCAGAAGUGGAUGCCAUUGAGUCAGAGGUGAAAGUCAUGGAGAGAGAUGUGGCCAAAAUCAAAUCUACCCUUACCAGCACAGAGGACAUCAGCCAGGACAAACUCAAGGCCACAGAGGACAGGAUUGACCUGAUGAAAAGAACUGUAGCUAAAAUCCUGAACUGUUCGGAGGGUCUGUGUCUCCCUGACAAAGCUGAAAACACACUCCUGGUGUUCAAAAGAGCUGAACUUCUACAGAAUCAACUACUAGAACUAGAACAGCUGGCUCUAGAAUACUCAGCUGAGGUGCAGGCUACCUCUGCCAUGUCCAUUAUUGCCCCAACCAUCAGUGCCACACCCCUCUCUAUUCCACCCCCAAUCUCUGAAGAAGCAGCACAGGAGAGCGGUCAGAUUCAGAUUGUGCACGUAGAGGAUGAUGUGUUGAAGAAAUCAGGAGCGUCGCUGAUGACAGUGGAGCAGUCCACACCUGAGCAGAGACUCACCUGGAUCACUGAGAAGAGCACCCCCUCAGAACAACAGCAGGAGUCUGAUGAAGAGGAGGAGCUCUAUGAGGAUCUGGGAGAUGGGGAGGAAGAUGAUGAAGACAAUAACAAACAUGAAGAUCAAAUAGAAAAUGAGGAUGAGGAGGCAAGAGAAAGGUCAAACAUCUCACUGAACCCUGAGACUUCCACCAGCGUGGUUAUGGAGGAAACUGAUUCUGCUGCUCCAGUUGGUUCUACAGAAGAUUGUCUUUACAAACCAAAAGCAACAGAUUCAAAGGUGGAUCUGGACACAUCUGUUGCCUCAGAAACAGAUGUGUCAGAAGCUUUUUCUGAAGCAGAUACCACAGUGGAAAGCCAGUUUCUUCCUGCGGACAUGGUAACCAAUACCUCCUCUGUUACUGAGAUCUCCACAUCCUCUCCCAGAGGCCAGCAGAGUCAGCCAGAGCAGGCCGAAGGUGAAACCAGGGUCUUGGGUGGAUGGUUGUCCAGUGACAGGCUGCUCCAUGCCUGCUUUGAGAGGGCUGAGCACCUGGAGGUGUGUCUGGAGAGAGCACAGGUCAGCCAGGAGGGGUCGAGACAGCCACUGCAGGACGCAGCCAUGCAGCACAGCAUUGAACAACAACUUCAGACCUGCCAGGUGACUGCAAACAAACACACACACACACCUACCUGCAGUUCAAAGGUCAAAGGAAAUAUACCAGCUUGAAGUUCAACGCUGAGACUGAUUCACUUAAAACGACUAGUGACUGUACAAUUACAUCUGCGAAAGAAACACACCAAAGAUCGGGUGCAUGUUGAGAAAGAGCACCCCCUGCAUGCCAGGUUAAAGCACAGCAGAAGUGUGCAGGAGAUGAUGAGUUCAUCCAGAGGCAAACUGUUCAGACAACGCAGUCUUCAACAACAGAGGGAAUUGGAGCAUGGUUUGAAUGAACAGAGGGAUUUAACUAAAGCCAUUGCAAUUCAAGGCAGCAGAGCCCAAGCACACAGCCAGAGCAUAGAGGAACAGACAUGCCCCUCGGUAGUGGAAAAGAAUGAAGACAAGAGACAGGAGUUAGAGUUAGCGGCCCACAGCAAGUGGACACACCUUCGAAGCAGAUUGACCAAGACAGCAGAGUCAGACCAGGAUGGAGACAAAGAUAAGGAUCCACCUGAGAUUCUCUCUCCAUCUGUAUGUUUGUGGAGUGGAUCUGCUGUUUAUGUCUGUCUGCAGGAGAUUCAAUCAAACAUCACACAGGUCAAAGAACUGGAACACUCUGCAGUUACGCAGGAUCAUCAGUAUCUGGAUGAAGGUCUGUUUGAGAUGUUGAGUGGGGUGGAUCUCACACUCAGCUCUGUUACACAUACACUCCUGUUUCAGCCAGCAAUCUCACACAUGGACAUACAAAACCAGCUGCAGCAGUUACAGACUCUAUCUGCAGAGUUUACGUCUUUGGGUGCCAUGUUGACCUCCCAGUGGUCAGAGGUCAUAAAGUUGUUAGGUUCGGGAUCAUUGGUAUCAGAGACCUCUGUUUGCCUGGAUCUAAUGAUACAGCGUGUGUGUGAUGUUCAAAAGACUCUCACUGAGAAACAGGAGCAGCUAAAGGACCGAAUAAAACACACAACUCGGCUGCAGAGAAGAGUGAAAGACCUGAAGGACAAGGUACUAACUAACACAUCACCCCUUUACCCAACAACUAACGGAGAAACCCACCAUGACCUUCACACACAGCUACAGGAUAUUACGAGGAGGAAACAGGAAGUGGAGCAGAGCCAGAGAGAGCUGACAGAACUCAGAAAGGAGACUGAGAGUAAGAGUCAACCCUCAUCCUUCUCACAGGAGAUCAGCACUAUGGAGGCAGUAUUGGACAGUGUGUGGAGUGAUUUAGAGCAGCACUUUGGAGCUGUGCAGUGGAGUUUAGAUCAGCAGCAAAUGAGUGAGAGGAUACUGAAGGGUCUACAGAUACUGCUGGAUCUGGGCAGAGAGAAACUCACCUGCACCUCUCAGCUGGAGCUCAAACAUCCAGCACAAAUACAGACACAACUCAACACACACAAGAAAUUUUUCCUGUCUUUGGGCACCCACCUGCGGAGACUGCAGCAACUGAGUGUGCGGAUGCCAGACAGACCCUCUGGGUGGGAGUCUGCAGUGUCUGAGCUAGAACGUAAAGCGUCAAGUGUAGAGCAGCAGGCUCAGGCUAUAGGGACAGUACUUCAGUCUGCCCUGCAGGUUUUAACUGAAUGGCAAGAAAACCAGUUGUGGUUACAAACUCUGCUGCAGAGGCUAGAAGGUCAACUUCCCUUAAUGCUUCUGUGGGACCAAUCCGAGGCACAGCUCAGAGAGAAUAUUUAUAUCUAUCAGAGUGUGCAGACAGUUCUGGAGGAGAACAGAUCUCGGAUCAGUCUGGUUCUGGAUGAGGGCCGCAGACAGCAGGAGCAGAUUUGUAUUAGUGAAGUGGGCAUCCCUAUAUAUAGUUUAAUGGGCAUGUCUACACCAAAGCUGGAGGAGAGAUUGGCUGCACUUCAGAGAAAGGUGGAGCAGGGACUUGACUCCACCCAACAACUGAAGAAACUUUGGAAUAGGUACCGAAGUGAUUCUGUGGCUCUGAUUGAGUGGAUGGGUGGAGCCAAAGAACGCCUUCUCACCUGGAGAGAUCACACGAUCUCAGCUGAACAGGAAACAGACCAUGCCCACUACCACUUCCACCACUUCACAGAGUUUAUUAAGGAGCUAGAGGUGAAAUCUGCCCUAAAGGCAUCAGUGAUCAGUUCUGGAUCUUUGAUCAUGUUGCUCAGUGAGAGAGAGCAGAACAAUGAGAUGCAGAACAUCAGCAGAACCAUAACUGCUCUAAGAACAUCCACAGCGUCCUCUGAAAAUCUACAACCAAGUGAAACCAGCAUCCUCACCUCUGUUGUCCUGGAAAACAACUAUGAAAACUACUCACCUUUAGAUGUCAUCUUUCCACCAUCUGCUGAGGAUACUUCAGAAACCAAUUUGUCUCCUUUUCAAAACACUUCUUCAGAGGAAUCUCUUUACACUACCUCUGAGAAACAAGCCUCAUCAGUUCUGGGUUUGUCUGUAAAGCAGGAAAUGGUUCUGUCUCUCCAGUCCCAGUUAUCUCAUGUGGAGCAGGUCUGGAUGGAGAUACAGACACACAUAUCUGCCAUCCAACAGAAACUGCAUCAGAGUAUGGUGGAGAGGCUGUCUCCUGAAGGACUGCUGGCUGAUGUGUGUGACUGGAUUACAGGUGCUGAGAGAAGGUUACAGGCAGCUGAGCUAGAGGGUCACAACACUUGUUCUGCCACAGAGCUCACACACCUGCUCAAAAGAUAUCAGGAGCUUAAGCGGGAGAUGGGCUGUCAGCAGAUGUCAGUUGAGAUUAUUAAUCAGUGUGAACUGAAUCAGCUUGGGGUUGACUCCCACACCAACAGGUACAGACACACUGCGUUUGCUGAACACUUGGGACAUGUCAAUCUGCGCUGGCUCACUCUGCAGGCCAAAGUCAAAAUACAGAUACAACAGACUGAAGAACAGUUGCGGAUGUGUGCAGAACAAGAGAACAAACUGCAAUUCCUGCAGCACUGGGUCAGAGGUCAAAAAAGAUGGAUGCAAUUGACUAAAAAGCCUGCUAGUCUCUUAUUUGCUGAAAGGAGCCUGAAGGACUGUGAAGAGCUAGGGGAGAAGUUGAAGGCCAGAUUCUCAGAACUUGCUGAGCUGAGGAAAAGGAAACAUUCUCCUGAUGAAGAAGACAGGGACAAAGACUUCUUCACAAAAGCUGACAAAACCUCUCAGUCUUUAACUGAGCUUUCACAACAGAAUUCAGCCCUUGGGAAUACUCUGCAGCAGCUGUGUAAUGUGUGGUCUAAGUUUGAAAGUGGGAGGAGUCAGGCAAUUCUGAACACAAUGAAGAUCCGCCAGUCACUAGAGUACUUCCAUUCCCCUCUGUGGUCCGUCUCUGCCCUCCAGACCAACAUUGAUAAGCUACAGGUCUUUAAAUCUGAGGCAGACAAGAUUGACAAGCAAUGGGAGGAUCUUAGUGAAACAUUAUCAAUCCUUACUGGUGGGAUUAGCACAGACUCUGCCCAGAUAUUAUCUAAACACCUAGAAAAAGAGAAAGCAAGGUGGAUAGAGGUGAAGGAAAAUGUCACACAGGGCUUGCAGAGGUCACACAGUGUUCUGCAGGUGUGGCAGAGAUUCUCUGAUUUGAGACACACCUGCUCAGAGCAGCUUCAGCAUCACAGAAACCAGCUCGUCACACACACCAAAACACCAGCUGACCACAAACAACUCAUACAGAGCAUUGAGGAGCUAAAGACAGUGUUACAGAAAAGCUCUGAUAAUCAACAGACUGUAGUUGAUGAAAUGCUUGAAGCAUCUAAAGAUCUGAUCGAAAAGAUGGAGGAUGAAAAUGCUGUUUUCAUUAGAUCAGAGUGCCGUUUGUUAACACGCAGUUUCCUGCAGUUAGACCAGACACUUAGAGGAAGAAUUCAACACAUGCAGGAGGAUCUCGAGGAGUAUAAGGCGUUUGAAAGGUUAUUUCAGACCCUUGAAACACAAUUGCAGCUGUGGGAAAGCAAGCAAAGAAUGGACAGCAAGCACACAGACAUAUCUGAGUCUGGUCUGAUGGAGGUCACUUCCCUCUCUCCUGAUCUGGAUCUGCUAAACACAAUCAGUUACAGGCUGAACCUCAGUGACCCCAUGACACAAAGGCUGCAGAACCUCAACAGGAUGUGGGCACAGGCCUUUGCACAUGCUCAGGAGAGAUGCAGUGAGUUGCUUGCGGCCUCUCUCCAGCAGCAGAGCUUCAAGCAGAGAUGUGAGAGAUGGCUGGCUUUCCUACAGCACAUGGAGGAUGUUUUGGCUGUAGAAAUCUCAUCAACGUACACUGGACUAAGAGAACAACAGCGCACACACCAGUUUUUUCAGGCUGAGUUGUCUUUAGGCCAUCAGGUCCUUCAUUCUGUGAUCAGUGAAUCUCUGCUCAUAAUGCAGAAGGGAGAGGUGGAUGACAGAAGUGACUUCCUGUUAAAACUGGCACAGCUGAGAGAGCACUGGCAGGGGACAGUGCAGAAAGCAGCUCAACGGCGCGCUCUAGUUGAAGGGCUCAUACAAUACUGGCACCUUUACACACACUCACUGCAGAAACUCCGCAAACUUCUCAAACACGCACAUACGCUUCUGUCACCCGCUGGUCCCACACACUGCAGUGUCAUGCAACUGCGUCUUUCAUUGAAAGAUCUGAAGCAUAUGGAGCUGUUGUUUCAAAGGUUAGUGUCUGCAUAUUUGUGCGUGAUGGAGGUAGGCAGGCAGCUGUUCUCUGUGAGUGACACGCAGAUGCAAAAACAGUUGCAGACAGACCUGGCAGCCCUGCAAGAGGACUGGGAGCAAUGCCAGUGCAUGAUGGGAAAGAGGAAGACUCUCACAGCUGACAUCAUUAAGAAGUGGGAGACUUGUGAAACCAGAAUAAACGAUCAGGCCCAGCGCCUGGAGGAGCUGCAAGUCAGAUUGAAGCAGUCGAUACCAGAUCAACAGGAGGAGAUGGAGGAGGAAUGCCUUCUCGUGAAGGAGGUUCAGGACUGUUUGGAGGACUGGGCAGUCAGUUUGUUUGAGCUAAGCACCAUGAAGACGGAUCUGUCCCAGUACAUCCUCACCGAUGAUGUCCUCCUUCUGCAGGAGCAAGUGGAUCAUCUGCACUGCCAGUGGGAAGAACUCUGCCUCAAAGUGUCUUUGCGUAAACAGGAGAUUGCUGACCGGCUGAACGCCUGGAUCAUUUUCAAUGAGAAGAACCGUGAGCUGUGUGAAUGGCUGACACAGAUGGAAAACAAGGUGGCGGACAGCGCCGAGCUGAGCAUCGAGGAGAUGGUGGAGAAACUCAAGAAGGAAUGCAUGGAGGAGAUCAACCUCUUCAGUGAGAAUAAAACACAUCUGAAACAGCUGGGAGAACAACUAAUCACUGCCAGCAACAAGACCAAAGAGACAGAAAUAAAUGAAAAGAUCAAGGAUAUCAAUGACCGCUGGCAGCAUCUAUUCAAUCACAUUGAAGCCAGGGUAAGGAAGCUGAAGGAGACGUUGGUGACUGUACAACAGCUAGAUAAGAACAUGAGUAAUCUCCGCACAUGGCUGUCCCGUGUUGAGGGUGAGCUGGCUAAACCCAUCGUCUACAGCAUCUGCCACAGUGAGGAAAUACAGCGUAAACUAGCAGAGCAUCAGGACCUGCAAAGGGACAUUGAACAGCACACAGACGGCGUGGCAUCUGUCCUGACCCUGUGCGAUGUUUUGCUGCAUGAUGCGGAUGCUUGUGGCAGUGAUGGAGAGAACGACUCCAUUCAGCAGACCACACUCAGUCUGGACCGCCGCUGGAGGAACAUAUGUGCCAUGUCCAUGGAGAGGAGAAUGAGGAUUGAGGAGACAAGGCGUCUGUGGUGCAAGUUCCUGGACGACUAUGCACGCUUUGAGGAGUGGCUUAAUGCAGCAGAACACACAGCGGCUAAUCCCGCCACCAAAGACGUGCUCUACACCUGUGCUAAAGAGGAACUUAAAAAGUUUGAGGCAUUCCAGCGUCAGGUCCAUGAGCGUCUGACACAACUGGAGCUGGUGAAUAAACAAUAUCGCCGUUUGGCACGAGAGAACCGAACUGACGGUGCCAGUAAGCUGAAGAUGAUGGUACACGAGGGAAACCAGCGCUGGGAUACACUUCAGAAGAGAGUGGCCACUGUGCUGCGCAGGUUAAAGCACUUUACAUCCCAGCGUGAAGACUUUGAGGGGACGAGGGAAGGGAUUCUGGUGUGGCUGACCGAGAUGGACCUUCAACUCACCAAUGUAGAGCAUUUUUCAGAGAGUGAUAUCCACGAGAAGAUGCGUCAACUCAGCGCAUUUCAGCAGGAGAUCACCCUAAACACAAAUAAGAUUGAUGCUCUGAUCGUUUUUGGAGAGAACCUGAUCCAGAAGAGCGCUCCACUGGACGCUGUACUCAUAGAAGAUGAACUAGAGGAGCUGCACUCAUACUGCCAGGAAGUGUUUGGCAGGGUCGCCCGAUUCCACCAUCGCCUCAUCAGCAGACGCCCGGUACUGGAGGAGGACAGGGAUUUCUCAGACAGAGACACAGAUCUGGAGGACUCUGUUGAGUUCAGUGGGGUGUGGGAGAGGGAAAGAGAAAGAGAGGAAGAGGAGGCUGCUAUGAGCUCUGAUGUUUCUCUGAUUGUAGGACAGGAUGUGUGCCACCUGUUACCACCCACUCUGGAGCGCUCUGGGCGUGAGACGCCCGUCAGUGUGGAUUCCAUCCCUCUGGAGUGGGACCACACAGUCGAUGUGGGGGGAUCUUCAUCUCCAGAGGAUAAUGAGGAUUUGACGUACUACAGCGCCCUGUCAGAUGUAGAGGUCACUGAGAGCUCUGAGUCAUUUGUUAAAGCUACAGCUAAAGCUCUGAAGUCUGUAACCGUGGGGAGAUCAGUGAUGGAGACGUGGCAUUCUCCCGAUCUGCCAGACAGGAAACGAGUUAACAGAGAGAUCAUAUGCAGUCUCACUUCACCCACUGACACCAGCACACCGUACCACCCACAGGCCUAUGAUAAGCUCAUGUCUGAGUGUGCUGGCAGUAUAGACAGUAUAAAGCGAGUGAAACAGAUUCUGAAUGAGGAAGAACCACUGGAGGAUCAUGGACUGACAGUCCUCUCUGCAGCAGAUCAGACAGGUGUGAUCGAGCGAUUGGAGCUCCAGCAGGUGCAGUCGUGCAGCAUGCCACAGGAUCUUCAGCAGUGGCACAAACUGAACUCUGACCUCUGUGAGGUCAUGGCAUGGCUCAACGAUGUGCUGCCCGAGCUGGAGAAACUACAAACUCUGGAGACAAAAACCACCAUCAGAGACAUGGAGAGCAAUAUUCACAAACUAAAGGAAAUGCAGAGAAGUUUUAACGGCUACAAAUUGGUGAUGAUUGGUGUUAAUCUAAGUGGGCGAGGCUUCCAGGAUGGAGACAGCACUGAACUACAGGAAUUACGUAAGAAUCUGCAGUCAGCCAAUCAGAAAUGGGCACAGGCCUGUGGGGCCCUGUACAGCUGGGAGCACCGACUGCACCAAGCCCUCAUGGAGUGUCAGGAGUUCCAUGAGACUCUUCACUCUUUACUGCUGUGGUUAGCUAAAGCAGAGAGCCAGCGUUACAUGGUCAACAUCCACGACCAAAACACAGACCUCGACAUCCUGCAAGAGCAUCGAGACACUCUCAAGGCUGUUCAGCAGGACUUGCAGUCUCAUGAGAAUGAGGUGUACUCGCUGCAGGAGAUCUCCUCCCAGAUCCUACUACAGGACCAGGGAGAAGACACCCUGGAGGUCAAAGAGAAGGUUCACGUCAUCUGCAACAAGUUACGGCUGCUAAUCAGACAGAUCGCACAUGACCUGCACACACUGCAGAUCAUACUGGACUCAUCAGGUCCUGAUGUGGGCGGGACAGUGUCAACGCAGCACAAGGAAAGCACUGGAGUUCAGGCUGUUUCAGGAGGAUCUUCCACAAGUGUCAGGGCUGCCGAGGCUGGUUCAUCCCGAGCGAGGCCCUUCCUUUAUCGUGUCUUGCGAGCUGCUUUGCCCCUUCAUGUCCUCUUCAUGUUGUUGCUGGGUCUGACAUGCCUGCUGCCUCUAUCAGAAGACGACUACAGCUGCACUCUCUCCAACAACUUUGCCCGAUCCUUUUACCCCAUGCUCCUCUACACCAACGGACCCCCACCAACAUGA